AUGUUUAAUACUGUCAAAUUACACAAAAAUGAAAUCAGCUGUAUUAUAAAUGGAAUAAACCGUCAUUUAUUACAUAGAAGAAUUAACAUUAGUACAACAUCAACCUCUAAACUAAUUAUAGAUGCACAUCAAUCAUGUUUUAAUAAAUCGGGGGAAACAAUCGCAAAGGAACAAUUUCAUAGGUUUUCUAACAAUCUUAAAAACUGUAUCUUUUCAAAACAGGAAGCGGCCUGCGCACUGAGAUUUUGUCUAGAUUUGGAACAUUUUGAUCCGAUUCUAUUCAGAAACAUAAUUAAAGUGCUGGAAGAUGAGUAUUUUAAACCAGUUCUUUGUGAAGAUUUGGAAGAUACAUCACACGAGCUGUAUAACAUAACAAAAAAGAAUGUUUCAAACACAUACGAGUUUAUGAAUUCACUAUCAAUCAAAGAUAAAACCAACAUAGUGAUUUGGACCUGGCUGAUCAACAAGGAAACUAAAAAGAGAACCAGAAGAAUUAAAAUACAUAAACGCACUGAGGAGAUAGACCCUGAGAAGAAGGAAGUGUACGUUACGAGAAGGACGCGAAUGGUUUUGGACCCAAUACCAAUCAGAGCAAGGGUUUCGUACAUUCCACCAGGGAAAAGGUUAUCGAACACACUAGCGUUUCAACUGAGGGAGUCGGUUCCAGAAUGUAGUUUACCAGAGUUGUGUAAUAUUUUACACAUAUUCUCAACGCCCCUGCCACUUUCCGGACAACUAAACGAGGACACAAUGGACCUAAUUGCACAAAAAUUUAGUAAAUAUGAAGUGGGAGAGCUGGCUAAAAACAUUUACAGCGUCUCCUCAUUUUGUAAAUACGCCUCAAAAAGGUUUCUUGACAUAUGGUCAUUCACUGACCCUAAUCAGGAUAGGGUGCCAACAAGAGGGAAGAUACUGUACAAGUUUGAAAAGAGAAAACUGGAUAAAAGGUUUAUAAACAAAGUUUUGGAAUCAAUAGAAGAAUAUGCAAACUCUAACAUAGAAUUGGAAAACUAUAAAGGGUACCUAGAUGUUACAAGUGACAUUAGUGUACACCUACACAUUUUAAACAAUUUCGCAAACUCAGAUAUAGAAAUACCAAUAAACACAUGGGAAGGGUUGAUAGUAAAGUUAGUCAGUAUUACUGAAGAACAAAACAAGUUUGAAAUGAGAGAAAUUGGGUUAUUCUGUGACACACUAAUUAAGGUGAAAUACACAACUCCAAACACACUAAACUGCGCAAGAAUGAUGAUCAAAUCGUUUACAAUCUCGGAAGAAAUGUUGAACCAUGAUUACUAUCUAAUGUCGCAAAUAUUAGAGGUUAUAUUGAUGAAUGGCCUUAAUGAAGGAUCCAGUGAAAUUAUUAAAUGUGUAUGCACACUAGCCCUAAAUAACAUCGAAAGGAUAGAAUUGGACAACAAAUUAAAAUUGGUGAAAAAUUUGGAUAGAUUAUCGGAUAGCUUGAAUGAAAGUGAAAGAUUGGAACUCAGAGAUGUAGACACUCGCUACUCAAAAAAAAUUAGUGUCGGAAAGCAGACAAAUAACACUGAGGAUUCCAUAAGUAACCUACUCAGAAAUAAAUUAAAAUCUACAAUAAACAGUGAUUCUGAUGGAAGUUCAAUUGUUAAACCCGAAUUACAGGACUACGAUGAUAUAGGUGUGUGGUACACAGUACACAAAGACAACAAAGGUGACGAAAAAGACAAAAAAGAGAAACCUUCCACUGAUAAUAAGAAAGAAAACGUAGGUAAAGAUGGUGCUAGGGUCCCAGAGGGAGGAGACGGCGAAGAACCGAGGAAGUUUAACUUCGAUAGAUGGUGUAAGGAUGAUAAGCUGCUAAUAUCAACGUAUGAGUUGAACGUAUUUAACGCAGGAUCACUACUGGAAACAACUCAACUCAAUACAGAAGGAUACACGGAUUACUGCGGGUCAGAGGAGAACAACGAUAGGAGUCUGCGGCAAGAGGGAUACAGCUUCACGACGCCAGGGAAGCUGAUAGUUAAGUUCCUGGUGGCGUACACAGUAGUGUGCCAAGGAAUAGUGCUCACGCUGAUGUGCAAUGAGCUGUGCAUACCAAUCGUGUCCAGCAUAGGAUACUGGGACGAGAGAGCAAGGCCGUUCUUCGUAUCGUGGCUGGUGGGAUUCUUUACGCUGCUGAUCACGUUCCUGGUGAAGAACACGAAGCUGGGAAAGAACCUGUUCCUGGUGAGAGUGCCGCUGGAAACGUGCACGUACGUCAAAGUCAGCGACCACAACAAGUCGUCGACGGAGCACGACAUACUGCACAGCACUCUGGACCUGAUAAGAAACUUCAUAAUCAAGCUGAAGCUGUUCUUCAACAUCUCGGACGCGAUCUUCAAAAUACCGUUCGAAAGGUACAAGGUGGUGAAGCACUGCUACCUGCCAGUGCACGACAGCGAGGGAGAAAGGUACUUCUACUACCACUACGUGAAGUACACCUACAGCGAGGAGCUGCUGUACUUCCUGGACGCGACGCACAAAGUCAACGGGUACCUGAAGAACACGAACCUGGUGCAGCUGCUGGACAACGGAGGGCUGACGGAGGAAGAGUCGGAGAGAAGGACGGAGGACAUCGGCUACAACGAAAUCCUGGUGGAAAGAGUGGGUUUCUGGCUCCUGCUCUACAGAGAGGUCUCGGACCCGGUCUUCUUCAUGCAGCUGUACCUGACGAUCAAGUCGAUCUUCUGGAGAAGCUACAUCUCGGCGCCGAUUUGGGGCCUGACGACGCUGUACACGAUCUACAAGAAGGUGCGAAUCAUACACGAGCAGCAGAACGACAUAUAUAACCUGACGACGAGCAGCAACGAGAAGUACGUGACUGUGAUGAGAGACAACGUGACGAAGAAGGUGAUGACGAAGCACCUGGCGGUGGGAGACAUCGUGAGGGUGGAAAACGACUGGGAAGUGCCAAGCGACAUGAUAAUGCUGCGAGGAGACGCAAUAGUGGACGAGAGCAGCAUCACGGGAGAGUCGAUACCGCUGAAAAGGAGGAAGAUCGACCUGGACAAGUACCUGAACUACGACCUGAACAUAUACGACUUCAUACACAGAAGAAGAGCGCGCCAGAGCAACAGCGACCAGAUGAGUACAGGGAGAGAGUCGGAGGACAAGGGAAGCGAAAGAAGAGAUGCGUACAACUUCACGGAAGGCGAGGACAACACGGAAGGCUACAGCGAUGUGCUCAGCGAAAACCUGCUGAAAUCAGGAACCAGAGUAAUAUCGGUGCUGGGAAACGAGGAGAUGGCAUGCUCAGCAGUGGGAGUGGUUAUAGCGACAGGAGUGUUCACGACGAAGGGGAGGCAGAUGAAGGGAGUGCUCUUCCCGAACCAGUUCAGACUGAAGUACGACACUCAGCUGCCGCUGGUGUUCAUACUGACGUUCAUCUACGCACUGUUCUGCUCAUACUACCAAAUACGGUUCCUCGGAUGGAAUAUGACGUCGAUAUUUUAUAGCAUAGGAACGAUGUCACAGGUGGUGCCAGUGUGGACGAGCACGAUCAUAUCGAUAAGCCAGAGUAGAGCAUGUCAGAGGCUAUCGAAGUCGGAGUCGAUAUACUGCAUAGCGCCCUCGAGAAUAGCAGUGUGCGGAAAGCUGAGAGUGAUGUGCUUCGAUAAAACAGGAACGCUAACGAACAAUAAACUGAUAUUCAACGGAUCGAAGUAUUUCAUUGACAAUGAUUUGGCAUUGCUGAAACCAGAGAGGAUCUUGGAAAAUUUGAACAUACUGAAUAAUUUAGACUUCUUUAGCAACACGCACAUGAAGCCAUACUUGAUAUCAAUGGCAGUAGCAACAUGUCACUCACUAUGGCCGUCAGAUACACCAGAGCAGUACGGAAAUAACGUGGACAAGUCGAUGUUUAAUUGCACUGGGUGCCACGUAGAUCAAUACAUAGACGAGAAUGGAAAAAACAAGAGGUAUAUAAGAAGUAAUAAAAACAAAGACCUGGUGAUGGAAAUACUUAACACGUUUGACUUCGAUUAUCAGAAGAAGUUGUCAUCAGUAGUAGUACUGUUAAAGAUAAAUGAUGAGUCUAAAAGGGUGGUGUUUGUGAAGGGAGCGUUUGAAAACCUGUCUCUGUGCUGUAACCACGAGUUGGAAAAUCUGGCAAUACUGUCGAACAAUGAGUCAUCAAACGGCUCAUACGUGCUGGGAUUGGCAUAUAAGGUGAUAGGAGAAGAAGAAGAUGUGACCUCAAGAAACACAAUGGAAUCGAAUUUGAAUAUGCUGUCGCUGCUAAUAUUCAACAAUCAAGUGAGAGCAGAGAGUAGGCAAGUAGUGCAGACGCUUAACGAGGCAAUGGUGAGGUCAGUGAUAUUGACGGGAGAUAACAUACCAGCGUCACAGUACGUGGCGAAGAAGUGUAACAUAAUACAACCGCCGAACGCACAAGGAGAAAGAGGGGAAGAGGACAAGGAGGGAGAUGACGCAGAUACUGCGGAUAAGGAAAGACAAUACCCGAUCGCAGUGAUGAAUAACAACAGAAUAGAGUGGAAGUACCCGUACCAGCACGUGGACGAGGAAAAGCUCCUCUUCUCAGAAGAAUACAAUGAGAUAUCGAUGACAGGAGACGUGUUUGACUUCAUAGAAAACAACUGGAAUGAGAUACUGGCGAAGUACGGAAGGUUCUCAACGAAUGAAACGAACAAUCAGACGCAAUUUCAGCACUUUCUGAUGAAGAUAAGAAUAUUCGCAAGACUUAACCCAAAUCAAAAAGUGAGAGUGAUUAACUCAUUCAAGAGACUGGGGAUCAUUACGGGGAUGUGCGGAGAUGGAACGAACGAUUGCUUGGCACUGCAGGCGUCGCACGCAGGAAUAAGCUUAACGAGCGGAGCAACGUCAAUGGUGUCGCCAUUUUCGUCAAUGAACAACAAACUGGAGUCAGUGAUAUACCUAAUAAGGGAAGGAAGAGGGAGUCUAGUAACAUGUUUGGCAUGCUUUAAGUUCAUGCUCCUGUUUGGACUCAUGAUAGCAUUCGUAAAAGUGACGCUGUUUAGACUGAGCAGAGGAGUCAUGCCGGAAUGGGGAUACCUACUAAUAGAAAACGCAAUAAUGCUCCUGCUGAGUUAUACAAUGGCGCUAUCGAGGCCAAGUGAAAAACUAAGAAUAAGGUCUCCAACAAGCAGUCUGUUGGGGCCACUGACUCUGAUAUCAGUGGGAGUGAUGUUCUUUGUGAACAUAUCAUUCCUGUUCAUGCUGUUUAAACUGUACGAGAAACUAGGAGUGCCAACGAGUUUGAAGUAUAACACAUCGCAACCGCCAGCAGCAUGGUGGAUAUUGUCGGACAACUUCGAGGCGCCAACAGUGUGUAUGUGGCUGUGCUACCAAGUUGUGAACACGGCACUGGUGUUCUCAUUCGGAGGAGUGUUCAGAGAGUCAAUAGUGAGGAACACGUACUUCACAUCAGUGUGGCUGUUCAUCAACUCGUUCAUAACGUACCUGGUCUUCACGAAGCCGAACAGACUGUCGUGCCUGUUCAGAAUCAACUGCACGGACGAGGUGUCAAAGAUGACGAAGAUACCGGUCUUGGGGCUGCUGACGACGAGCGCCAGGGGGCUGCCGUUCCACGGAGAGCACUCGCACAACGUGCUCCCGCUGAAGUUCAAGGUAAGACCAAGCUCAAAGUCUCACGAAUGA